AUAAAUGAUGCUUUUAAAUUUAGGAGAUGCUUUCUCCCUCUGCGAGAAAUUAAACGUCUUGAGCACAAGAUGCCAGAGCAUCUGAAAAAGAUCGAAACGGACAAGGAUCCAGAGUUUUCAGCUAUGGUUUUAUACUAUUAUCACAAGGCUGCUCAGGUUAUGGAAAAGGAACUGCUUAAAGAAAUGGAUCAGUAUUCCCAUUUCAAGCCCGAAGAGAAGCAAGCACGAGUGAGUGCCAUUUUAAAUUUAAUUGGGAGCACUUGCACCUCCCUAGAGGUCAGCUUUCCAGUUAUAAAAAGCGACGGAACCUAUGAGAUUAUAACGGGAUAUCGCGCCCAUCAUAUUCGUAAUCGACUUCCCCUGAAGGGAGGUAUUCGCUACGCCAUGGAUGUGGAUGCAUCGGAAGUCAAGGCCUUGGCAUCCAUUAUGACCUUCAAGUGUGCCUGCGUCAAUCUGCCCUAUGGUGGCUCCAAAGGAGGAGUCCGCAUUGAUCCCACCAAGUACACAGUUAAAGAAUUACAGACAAUUACAAGAAGAUAUACGAUGGAGCUUUUGAAAAAGAAUAUGAUAGGACCUGCCAUCGAUGUGCCCGCUCCUGAUGUGAACACAGGACCGCGGGAGAUGAGCUGGAUAGUCGAUCAGUAUACCAAAACCUUCGGACAUAAGGACAUCAAUGCAGCGGCCAUUGUCACCGGAAAACCCGUCCAUGUUGGCGGCAUCAAUGGACGCCACUCGGCGACGGGAAGAGGCGUAUGGAAAGCAGGAGAUUUAUUCCUGCAAGACAAGGAAUGGAUGGAUUUGCUGGGUUGGAAGGUCGGCUGGAAAGACAAGACGGUUAUUGUCCAGGGUUUCGGAAAUGUUGGUUCCUUUGCGGCGCAAUUUGUUCAGGAAGCGGGCGCCAAAAUAAUUGGAAUUCAGGAGGCGGGAUUCGCCUUGACAAACAAUGACGGAAUAGAUAUUGACGAUCUCAUCAAGUUCAAGAAUGAGAAGAAGACCAUUAAGGGAUACUCCAAGGCAAAGGAAACCACGGAGAAUCUUUUGACUGCACAAUGUGAUAUAUUGAUGCCCUGUGCCACACAGAAAGUGAUUACCAAUGAGAAUGCCAAGGACAUUAAAGCCAAGUUAAUCCUGGAAGGUGCCAAUGGACCUACUACACCAGCUGGAGAGAAGAUCCUGCUGGACAAGGGAGUCUUGAUUGUUCCAGAUCUGUAUUGUAAUGCAGGUGGUGUGACUGUCUCAUAUUUUGAGUAUCUCAAGAACAUUAAUCACGUCGCUUAUGGAAAGAUGACGGCCAAGACGACUUCACAGCUGGUUUUUGAGGUCAUCAAUUCAAUAAACGAGUCCUUAAAGCAAACUGAGGGAUGCACAAUUCCAGAAAUAGUGCCUAAUAUGGGUCUCAGGAGGAUUCGCGACUGCACAACGGAAGCGGAAAUUGUGGAUUCAGCGCUGCAAACAGUUAUGGAAUCAUCCGUCAUUGGAAUCAAAGCCAUUGCCCAUCAGUUCCAGCUGUGCAAUGAUCUGAGAACUGCCGCCUAUAUUUGGGCAAUAUUCAAAAUAUUCCGCACUUUGGAAAGUUCCGGAAUAUCACAGCAGUAAGCAAAAAAUUCAGUGUCGUCUUUUUUGAAAGGAUGCUAUAAAUCCUUGAAUUUUAGUUGUUUGUUUUACACGACUUUUAUAUUUUUAACAAUAAAACAAAGUGUUAAAAAG